CCCCCACCGUCACGCCGUUUUCGAGACCAGGAGAUAAGAAAGAGAGAGAGAUGCGGACACGGCGCUACCCCACCUAACACCUAAGCUCCCCAUCUCUCAUCUUUCAAUCUAAUCCAAUAAUCGCAGAAAUACAGGACGCCGUGACGGAGGGGACGCCAAGUCGCACGCCCUUCUCGGAUUUCGCACCCAGUUCUUCAUCCGUAGGACCGUAUCCGAGGGCGGGACAUUUUCCGCCCCAGGCUAGCGAGCGAGAGAGCGCAGAGUGAUGGCAGAUAAGGGAGCGGAGGCGAUGGCGGAGACCACACCGGCGGCGGAGGAGAAGCCCGAGGUCGUGUCGGUGGAGCUCCCGGCACCUUCCGGCUGGAAAAAGAAGUUCACACCAAAGAAGGGCGGGACUCCCAGAAGGAAUGAGAUAGUUUUUAUUUCACCUACUGGAGAGGAGAUUAAGAAUAAGAAACAGUUAGAUCAAUACCUAAAGUCUCACCCUGGAGGUCCAUCUUCAUCUGAAUUUGAUUGGGGAUUUGGUGACACUCCUAGGCGCUCUGCAAGAAUCAGUGAGAAGGCAAAGGCAUCAGAAACCCCAGAAAGCGAGCCGCCAAAGAAACGAGAAAGAAAAUCGAGUUCAAAGAAGGGAGAAAAAGGGAAAAAGGAUAUUGGAGAUGGAGAGAAUGAAGCUCCUGCAGAAAAAGAAGCUCCUGUAGUAGAAGCAGAAGGUGGUGCAGAUGUUGGGAUGAAAGAGAUCAAGGAUGAUGUGGGCAAGGUGAAAGAAGAUGCUUCUGCUCCGGAAGUUGUGGCGAAUGAGGGUGCUGUUGAUGAUAUGAUGACAAAAGAGGAGGGUGCUGGACCAGAAACUAUAGAAAACAAGAAUGCUGCUGAGAAAGAUUUGGUGGAUGACACAAAGGAGGAAGAAAGGAAGAGUGAGGAGAAAAAUGUGGACCAAGGAAAAGCAAGCACAAUCGAGUAUAAUGCAUCUGGGCCGGAGAGAGAUGAAGAAAAGCAGGAGGCGGGAAAGGAGAACCCUGAGAGUGUUGAAGUGCAGCCUCCUCAAUCUGGGCCUACUGUAGAGGCAUCAGCUGAGAAAGAAGUCAAUGAUGAAGCGGUCAUGCCUCUGAACUGCAGCCGCAAGGAUGAACUGGAAGACUCGAUCUCCAAGGAAGUGCAUUCUAUGAAUCAUAAUGAGUCGCAGCAUCCACCCAAGGCUUCCCCUGUUAAUUGUUAGAUCUUACAGUUUCUAGGCUAUUUUGGGCUGCAGCUCUGUUUCCUAGCUUCUUGGGUUGGUCAUGUAUUUGAUUGUAUGCCAUGGUCCCAGUUUAGGAAUUGUAACUUAUGCUUUAAUCGUCAUGUAUGUGCUAUUAGGUUCUGCUGCUGCUGUCAUUGUCAUCAUGUUUUAACCCAUUCAUCCUAACAUGUAAACUCAUUUUACUUAACAUGUUAUAGUAUUUAGCUAUGUAUCACUCUUGUUGAUGGGAUGCAGAAGACUUUCAUGCGUA